AUUAAUCGUGACUUUUAAAUACGAUAUCUAUUUGAAUAAACCUUUAUCCAUAUAUUAUAUAUAAUAAGAUAACCAGAUUCUCAAUAUUAAUUUAUUUAUUAAAGGCACAUUAAUGAUAGCAAAGAUCUUAAGGGGAAAAUGUUCAUUGAACAUAGUCACCAAGAACAUAGUCACCAAUAUUAGGUUUAUAUAUUUUUAGCUCUGCUUUAGGGAAAUAUUUGAAUUAAUUCUUUUAAGGCAUGCACAUUAGUCAUGCUUUAAAGCUUAAAACUUAGCUUCAACUGAGAAGAUAUUGUAUUUCCUUGUACGAUCACAACUUUCCUAAAAUUUACCAAUGUAUUAAUUUAUAUAAUAUGUUCUUGCAUACGUACGAUUAAACUGUAAAUUAUCUAAUGUAACUUAGAUAUCUGUAUAUGUUUUCAGCGUUUGACAUUUCUACAUAUCAAGUAAUAAAUGUAUUGUUUCGUUUAUGUGAUAAUGACUUAUGUUUUAUAUCAAUUAUAUAAAAAUUGAAUGUUGUUUUUGCAUGUACAUACUGCUUUUUGAAAUUUUGCAUGAUUAUUUAUUUUAUAAUAGACGCGAAACGACUUCAUAGUUAUUGUCAGAUCAAUUUGUAGAAAUUUGCAUAUUUAUUUCUUUAUAUAUAAAUCUGUAAAGCAAAACGUCUCCAUAUUUAUUUUAGUUGUUUUUUUGUUAUUAAAAAUGAAAUGAAAAAUGUGCUUACUUGUUGUUAAGAGAGUGUGCAAAUGAAGUGAAUUAACUAAAUAUCCACAAAAUGACUUUAAGCAGGUAAAAUUGCAAACAUAACCCAUACACUUGUAGUAAGGGGAUAAAAUGUAUGCUAAUAAGAAUAUGAAUGCAAGGUGUGUUUUGAAUUAUGGAUAUUUCAUUUAAAUGUGCUUUGAUUUUUUUUAUUAAUUUGUAAAAUUAUCUUGAGGCGUGUAACUGUAUUCAAACAUUUUGAUGUCAGUGUUAUAUACAUAUAUGUUUAAAUGAGGUAUUUACCUGCAGGUCGCAUGUGCUGUCAUUGCUGCUGUGUUACAGUAUAUAUAUUUGGUUGUGUUCUGCAUUAUGCUGGUGGAAGGCAUUGAAAUAGCUAUCACUGUACUAUAUGUGUUCAAAACAAAGUCAAGAAUACGAAUCAUGCUUAUAUUUGCUUGGGUGAUACCUGCCAUUAUUGUGGUAAUUUCUCUCGGUGCUACACAAGCUGAAGGCUAUGGCAACGACAAUUUUUGCUGGUUGUCAGUUGAAAAUGGCUUGAUUUGGUCCUUUGUUGGGCCUGCAUUAUGUAUAAUUACUUUCAAUGGAAUUUGCUUAAUUAUUGUGAUUCGCAAAAUGUUCAAAACAAAAGCAAUGGAGACGAAGACAGCUUCGGAAAAAAUAAAAACAAGCUUCCGGUCAUUGUGUGUGUUACUUCCUGUUAUGGGGGUGUCCUGGAUUCUAGGAAUAUUCUACGUGCAUGAUAGCUUUUACUUCAUUCAGUAUAUUUUUGCAAUACUAAAUGGACUUCAGGGAUUUUUUAUAUUUUUAUUUCAUUGCAUCCUAAAUGAACAGGUAAAGACGGCUAUUCAGCUUAGAAAUAGACGGAGAUCAUCGGUUAAAGAAAUGUUGAAAAGCAUGUUGAGGAGUACUUCGAUAGAUGAAAGGAAGUCAAAAGACUUUUUAGAACCGAGGAAAUCAUUUAUUGAUAGUGGCAAUUUUACUACUCAAAACGACAGUGAUGGUUGGAAGGAUAAGAUGAUAAAUACUCGAUACCCGUCGCCGGAUGUAAAGUUUGCAACGCCGCUGGGAUUUUAUGGAAAUGGUAGGCGAGCAGCUACAUUUUCUGUUGAAUCACGUGACAAAUUAACUAGCUUUGUUUCAAAACCAGUGUCAACGCCUUACAGAAAUCCAGUGGUCACUUAGAAGCUAAUCUAUUUUCUGCAAGACUGUGUAGAUGUAAACCACUAUGAAAAAAGUUUAGUGUUUUAACAUGUGUAUCUGCUUUGAUGUUGCUUUUUUAUCUAUAUAACAUAACCGUUUAAAGCAUUGUCAAUAUCCUUGUUGUUGCUUUGUACAUUUUUAGUAUAUAUUAUUUGAAUUGUGCGAGUAUUAAUGUUUUCCUCAAUUUUUAUAAAGAGUCUAAAAUUACUGUGCUGUAUAAAGUGGCCCAUUACCAAAUUACCACCAAUUAGUCUUAUAGAAAGCUCUGUUCAUAGCCAAGGCAUCGGCAUCAAAGUGUCUGGUAAAAGGUUUUGUGUGAUUAUAUAAAAUAUCAUUUAUUUUACUCUUUACAAGAUGUAAACGAUUCAUUUUUAUCAAACUUUAUAAAGUUUUCAAUUUAAAAUUAUUAAUUCUUCCAUUUCCAGUUACACAACAUGUCUUUAAUAAUCCUCUUCCACGUAGCGGUAAGGGGAUUAUAGGAAUAGCCUCCGUCUGUCAGUUCGUCCGUCCUUCUGUCAGUAUGUCUGUCCGUAACACUUUUGUCUCCGCUCAACAACGUUUGAAAUGAUUUCCAUUUUAAGACGAUGUGCAGAACGCAAUAUUUAGGUUGAUAAACCCAAGGUCAAAAUCACACUUACAGUUCAAGUGUUAAAAAGUCUAAAUCUCAAGUCCGCUCCAUAAAUAUUGAACUGGUAAAAAAUCUUUUGAAACAACUUGGCACAAGUGAUCACUUAAUGGUUGAAAAGGGUAGACAUUUUAAUAUUGAUAGAGGACAUCGUGAUUGUAUGUAUUGUGAAUCAAUGUUAGAGGACGGAUAUCACUUUCUUAUCGUGUGUUCUUUAUAUGCAACUUUACGUUAUUACUAUAUACCAUUGUAUUUUUAUCAAUAUCCGAAUAUUGAAAAGUUCUACUCUUUGAUAGUAACUAAAGACGAGUCAUUGAUAUGUAAUGUUGCUAUGUAUAUUCAUUAUGCAAAGAAAGAGAUAAUUUCCUUAAAUGCGUUGAAUAAUUUAUAUUCAAAUUUUACUUUAUAAUUGUAUUAGAAAUUUGACGAUUACUAUAUCUCCAGCAAUGCUUAUUUGUAUUGUAUAUUGUAUACACUGCGUACGGAGGCCUUUUGUACAAUAAAGCUAUUGAAUUAUAUUGAAUUGAUCACCAUUAUGAGAGCAAUAAUUGGGUUGCUACCCUCAAGGUCAAAGUCAUUCUAAAAGGUCAAGUAUUAAAGAGUCUAUAUUUCGUGUCCACUCCAAACACGCUGCACUAUUUUUAAGAUGACUUUGUUUCCAGAUUUUGGUAGAAACCAUCACCAUUAUUAUCACCAAAAUCCAGGUUGCUACCCACAAGGUCAAUGUAAAAUGUUCUCUGUAAUGUUUUGACUUCAUGGAAGAUUUCAUAAAAUUUGGCACAAAUAAUUACUAUCAAGGUCAUGAUUUGUUAAAGCUCAAGAAGUACGCAUUCAUGUCCGCUGCGGAAGGGGUUUGAGCUGUCCUUCAAACUGCCUUGUUUCACCUUGUUAUUAAUAUGGCGAUUUAGAAAAAAUAAAUGUUUUGUGUAAAUCAUAUACAUUUCUCCUCAAUAAGAAACGUAAGCGAAUUCUAUAUAUUAUGAUAUAUGUGAUGUUUUGUGGCUGCGUGCAUUUACGUGUAAUCGUAUUAGAAUGAUCAUGAAAUGACGUCAUCGGUAUUAUGUUGUUGCACUCAUUCAUUUUUCAGAUACUUUAUGUUUCCUGUUGGUAUUUGUUUCUGAUUAAUAUGGUUAUAAAAUGUAUUCUUAUUUCUUGUUACCUACUAACACAAUCUCAAUAUACGCUUCUUUGUUUCAUGACAAUUUACUACUUGUAAUUCUUAAUGUGCCAAUACUUUGUCCAUAUUCAUUUAUACUUUUUUCAAUCAUUUAUAAACCAUGAUGUAUUACACAAUAAAGAAU